AGAAAAGAAAACCCAAAUUGGAUGGAGGAAGAAGACGAAGCUGCCAGUGGCCACUGCCAUCCUCCUCCUCUAAAAAAACAAAGACUCGCACUCGCAGUCCAUUUGCGAUGGCUAUUCCUCGUGCAACGAUUCCCGCACCAACCACCACCCGCAGAGCAGCAGCUCCUCCUCUCGGAUCCGAUCGCGCCGCCAUGCGCUCGCUCCGCGUCGCCGUCAUCGGCGCCGGAGCCGCGGGCCUGGCCACGGCCCGCGAGCUCUGCCGCGAGGGCCACGCGCCCGUCAUCUUCGAGCGCUCCGGCGGCGUCGGGGGCACCUGGAUCUACGAGCCGCGGGAGGACGGCGGCCACUCCAGCCUCUACGAGUCGCUCCGCACCAACCUGCCCCGCGAGGUGAUGGGCUUCCUCGACUUCCCCUUCGCCGCGGCGCCGGAUUCUUUGGACACUCGCAGGUUCCCUCGCCACGAGGAGGUGCUGCGCUACCUCCAGGAAUUCGCGCGCCGCUUCGACCUCCACGGCCUCGUCCGCUUCGGCACCGAGGUCACCGCCGUCGACGUCCUCCAGGAUCGCCACCACUGGAGGGUGAGGUGGAGGAAGGCUGCUGGUGGUGGUGGUACUGAUGCUGACGCGGCACGAACUGGGGAAGACGAAGAGGAACAGGAGGAGUCCUACGAUGCCGUCGUGGUCUGCAACGGCCACUACACGGAGCCGCGCAUCGCCGACAUCCCCGGCGUUGACGCCUGGCCUGGCAAGCAGAUGCACAGCCACAGCUACCGCGUGCCGGAUCCAUUCCGCGAUCAGGUUGUGGUGAUCAUAGGUGCCAAGAACAGCGGCGGCGACAUCUCCCGGGACAUCGCCGGCGUCGCCAGGGAGGUGCACAUGGCCAACAGAGCGUCCCCCGCCGCCACCUGCGAGAGGCUGCCCGGCUACCACAACCUGUGGCUGCACUCCAUGGUGGAACGCGCUGAUGCCGACGGCAGCGUCGUGUUCCGCGACGGCACCUCCGUCAGAGCCGACGUCAUCAUGCACUGCACCGGCUACAAGUACAGCUUCCCCUUCCUCGCCGGCGAGACGGUCUCCGUCCACGACAACCGCAUCCACCCGCUCUACAAGCACGUCUUCGUGCCGCGGCUGGCGCCGAGCCUCGCCUUCAUCGGCCUGCCCUUCAAGGUCAUCCCGUUCCCGCUGGUCCAGCUCCAAGCCAGCUGGGUCGCCGGCGCCCUGUCGGGGCGGAUCCAGCUCCCGUCGGAGGAAGAGAUGAUGGAGGAUGUGCGGGCACUGUACUCGCAGCUGGAGGCCAUCGGAUGGCCCGUUCGGUACACGCACUGCUUGAAGCACGAUCAGUUCGAUUACGAUGACUGGCUGGCGGAGCAGUGCGGCCACGCCAAGGUGGAGGGCUGGAGGAGGCAGAUGUACGACGCCGCCAGCAAGAAGAAGGUGGAAUGCCCGGAGACAUACCGAGAUGAGUGGGACGAUCACCAUCUGCUGGAGCAAGCGAACCAGGACUUCCAAAAGUAUCAUUGAAUCCUCUAGCUACAUUAAUUGCACAUAUACAAUUGUUCUUCAGAGUUCAGACAAUAAUCAUUUUUGUCCCCUUUCAUCAGUCAUCACAAACAAACAUAGGCUAUUCCGUUGCAUAUACAUGGACCUGAAAGGCUGGAAGUGUAAAUCAGUUAGGUGUUCUUUGUUGGGAUGAUCUCGCGGCCAAACUAACGACGCGUCCUGAUUGGGGGCGCCGAAGCAGCACUGUACUAUUUAUCAACAUUUCAAUUGCAUAUCUUCAUCUCAAGGAAGAAUGAGAGCCAUUAGCAUUA